GGGGUUCGUUAACAUUUUCCAAAUGUAGCGUUACAAAUGUUCAGCGACCUCCCUGUUGAAUUACUGCAAUAUAUUUUUAUGUUACUCUCUCCUUGUACUGAUUUACUCACAGUACUCAAUGUCUGCAAACGAUGGAGAGAGGUUGGUCAGAGCGUCUUCAAGCUGCGUGAAAGUCUUAGUCUAUCUGCGUUUAAAAUGCAGAGGCCAUUGCAAUGGGUAUCUCCACAACUAGCUACCUGUACAGAACGUUUCAAACACACAUCCCCAUCCAAGAGGUUUGGAGCAACUAUCAUAUUGAAAGGGCAACUAUUGUAUGUUUUUGGUGGUGCUACAAAGGAACUAACCGCCUUUAAUGAUUUAUGGACCUAUGAUUUAUCCACCUUCAGCUGGCAGCGUCUGAUUGGUAAAGGUCAGUUUACUUUCUACUCAGACUUUAGUGCUGUCAAAUGAUAUAUUUGCUCAGUUAAGGGGUUAGUUUUCUUUCACAUACCGUGUUCGGAUUCCAUUUAGGGUAAGAUUUUGGUGCGAGACUAACAUUUAUGAACGAGCCAAUCAGAUUUGCGAUGACAGAUCUUAGAUUUCAGCACGAAAUUUCUUAUCCACUAGACUAAAUAGCAUCUUGGCACUUUAAAUUAUGUGAGCUACCAACGCCAAGAGCACAUGCUAAAGGUGGUUUUAUUGGAAAUCUACUUUAUCUGUACGGAGGUUGUCAAAGCUUUCAUAGGGCGGGAUCGGAACAUACGGGCCGUAUGGAUUGGUUAACUGAGUUGAAUAGUUUUGAUAUUUCAACAAUGCAUUGGUCACGUAUGCCGUUAUACGAAGUAAACCACUUAAGUCCUGUAUCACCACCUGCUAUUGCCGGCCAGUCUGGAUGCUUUCUCCCUAAAGGUGGAGUAGGUGAACCUAGUGUAUUGGUUUUAUUCGGAGGAAUGUGUCAAUCUCUUGGAUUGUGCGUUAACUACCUAUUUGUAAUAUCUCCGGAAAAUAGUUGUUGGAUUUCACUUUCUGAUACACCGGAUAAUUGUCAAGGUGACUGGCCAUCUGGGCGCUGUGGUCAUUCAACUUGUGCUCUUGAUUCAAAUAGAAUGCUUUUGUUAUUUGGGAAUUUGGAAUCACCCUUGGCCACUGAUCAUUCUGUGCGUCGACAACAAGGAAUGUCAGUUAAUCCUAAUUCGAGUAAUGAUUCUGAAUCUACUUCUAGUACGCUUAACUAUCAUGGUCGACCGGCGAGAGAUGUAUGGAUACUUACACGUUGUUCACCAAAUAUUGGUCAAGAAUGGUUUGAAGUAAGUUGGUUCUGGACCAAAGUUCAAUGUUCUGAGGGUAUCCCUGGAUGCCCACCGAUAGACUUUUAUCAUGCAACUGCGAUUUCACUUCCAUAUCGUGAAGACAGUAAGUCACAGUUGUUGACAAAAGACAGUAAUUUUAUCUCUGUACCGAGUGACAACGUUGGUACAAAUCACUCAAUUGUACACAAUGUCUAUACUGUUGUUGUCAUCAGUCAACCUACCACAGCAUUAUUGGAUGAGGCAGCUAAACAGCGCAAAUAUUGGCAUCGCAUGAAACUCAACUCCGAAUUAAACAGUGUAACUUUUCAAAAUAAUUCGGUAGGUGAAGAUUCUCGUACGUCAGAUGAUGAUGUUAAUGACGAGGAUGAGGAGCAGCGUAAACAUUGUAAUUCAGCUGAUAUCACUGAUCGUGAAUCGACUGGGAUCCUGCAACUCCCAUCAUCUAGGCGUGCAAAUUACAGACGUGCACGGAGACUUGAAGCUUUAGCUAUUCAAGAACGAAGGCUGUUUGGAGCACGUAACCUAGUCCCUAAUGAAGUUAAUACAUCAUCAUUUGCUCGAUCAUUUUCUUCAAAUCAGAAUUCAUCCAAUCAUAACCAGUAUCCUUCUAACCACGUAAAACUUGAAUGUGCUUAUCGUCCUUUGGCUCUGUAUACACUCAACAUUGUAUACUCUCAUUCUGAUGCAUCAUAUAGUUCUAAAACUAAAAUUCACUUCACAGAAAAUAAGGCUAAAGGUGUUUGGUUGGCACCUGUCAAACAAAAUUAUCUAGAUCUUUAUUCCGCACCACCUGAAUGCUUAGGUUUUUCAUGUGCUUUUGGUCAUGGUUGUUUAUUUCUUUUUGGUGGUUUGACUGACUCAGACGAUAUUAGACCAAAUGAAAAUGUGAAUGCAUUUCACCCAUUAAUUAAUGGAUCGCAAAAUCGUAAUGAUAAUGACCUGUAUCAACGACAUAAUAAUUCAUCAACUUUACAAUCGUCCAGGUCUUCAGUAUUAAAUGGAUCUCUUACACAAGGACAUCUUGUUUCUUGUGUAAAUCAUUCACCAGAUACAAUUUAUCCCAAUCCUUUAGGUACCGCUCAGUUUUUCAUUCUUCGUGCACGUGCACUUGCUGGUACUAUAAUUUAAUUUGGCCAUUGUUUAUUUCGAUUGAUCCAGGCUAUUCCACCUUUAUGUACUGUAGUACACUGAGUUAUUUAGUUUUCUCAAUGUGAAUUGGCUCGUAAAAUGUACAUAAAUUAUUCUGUGGUUGUAAAUAUAUUGCUAUUCUUUACAUACAGUUACGUUGUGUUUAACAUGCACAUACAUAAACUUCUCAUCAACUAAGAAUUAUUACAUCACUUACACUUUGAUUCUACUGUGGUCUACUUUUCAUUCAAAUUUUAUUUUCUACCAAAAUUGUAAAUUUAAACUAGCCAUAGUUGUUUUCUCUUUUUCUUGAUACCGAUUGUCUUACUGCUCUGGAAAUUUCAAGCUUCUACUGACAUCGAUCGAUACUGUUAAUGUAUUAUAAUAAACGGUGGAUUUUCUUAGUGG